UCUUCAAUUCUUCACCAGGAGACCACGAUCAACCAUGAAGUUUGCUGUUGCUUUCUUGUUUCUAGCCGCACUGCUGGGUCUAACAUGCAGUAAAUAUUCUAAAGGAUACGGCCGUCCUAGACAUCACUAUUCAUCUUACGACGACUAUCAAGGAGGACAGGGUGGCGGAUAUCUUGGAGGACAAGGUGGAGGAUAUCUUGGAGGACAAGGUGGCGGAUAUCUUGGAGGACAGGGUGGCGGAUAUCUUGGAGGACAAGGUGGCGGAUAUCUUGGAGGACAAGGUGGCGGAUAUCUUGGAGGACAGGGUGGCGGAUAUCUUGGAGGACAAGGUGGCGGAUAUCUAGGAGGACAAGGUGGCGGAUAUCUAGGAGGACAGGGUGGCGGAUAUCUUGGAGGACAAGGUGGCGGAUAUCUUGGAGGACAGGGUGGCGGAUAUCUCGGUGGACAAGGUGGCGGAUUUCAUGGUGGACAAACUCUCCCUGGCGGAGGUAGAUGCCCCUACAUUGCUUGCUAUGUUCCGGCAUGCCAGGUACAGAGAUGCGAUAACUUCCCCUUCGCUAGAUGUGUGGGUUUCUGCAACGGCUGUAUUGCUCGGUUUUACUACCGUGGGAUAGACGUCACCCACCUCUGUGGUAGACAUCACAAGAAACACAGGAAAUAUUAAACACUCUGAUAUAAAUCACAGUUAUGUUUAUUAAU